AUGCCACGCCCUAUACGAAAGGCCGCCGAGCCUCAACACGCUGCAUCUUUUGACCCAUGGAACUCAUCGUCAACCGGCCACCAACGUCCGGAAUCAUGCCCCGGAACUGGCUGGCGCGAGUCCCGUAACCGCAAGCUCAACAGCCAAUUUCGCAGUGGCUUAUCCGGUGGAGAGCGUCUGAGCGACACAUGGGGUGCUGGCUCAGAGGAUUACGAUGUGAAGCGCAAGAUGUUGGUCCCCAAGGCCGUGAAGGAAAGGGCACAGCGGAGCGUAAAGGACAUGCUCGUGCAACCAGGCAAGAUGCGUGAGAGUCUGGGGGUGAAGGAUGAGGCUCAGGGAAAAGGAUAUGAAGCACUUAUGGAAUCAAGAAAACUGGAGGACGAAGAGAGAGAAGCAGAGCUACCUCGCCGACGGAUGUUUGAUGGGGUGACUGUUUACGUUAACGGGAGUUGUUUCCCCCUCAUAUCAGAUCUCAAGCUCAAGCAGCUUGUCACCGAGCACGGAGGUCAGAUGUCACUGCACCUCGGUCGUCGGAAAGUCACCCAUGUCAUUCUAGGAAGGUCAGCUGGACGAUACUCGGGUGCCGGACGAGGCCUUGCUGGAGGGAAACUAGAAAAGGAGAUUAGCAGAACGGCUGGAUGUGGAGUUAAGUUUGUUGGUGUUGAAUGGAUCCUUGAAAGCCUGCAGGCUGGGAAAAGACUACCCGAAGCACGCUUCUCCAGUACCAAGAUGGCACCCAAGGCACAGGGCAGCGUAUAUAGCCUCUUCUCGAGGCAGUCGAGUGGCCAGUCAUCCAAGGACUGA